GGAAAAGCUCAAAAUGGUAUCUGUCAAAUCUUUGUUCGUAUUAUCUAUCAAAUAAACACAUGUAACCUAAAACGCGUGAAUUUAAAGAAAUUUAAAGGAAAUUAUAGAAAUGGAUGUUGUUGUUACAACAAGCUUAGAAGCCCUGAUACAAAGGGUAACAAAUCCCCAAAAUCAAAAACCUGAUAUAGCUGCAACCGAAGCAUUCUGUGUGAUGCUCACCAAAGAAGCAGAAGGUAUUCAAAUUGGCACUAAAUUAUUAGCACUGCGUAUUCAAUCAUCUAACGAGACUGAAGCACUUCAAGCUCUUGCUUUACUAGAUACAUGUAUGAAUAGAUGCGGGCCGUCUUUUCACGCAGAGGUUGGUAAAUUUCGUUUUUUAAAUGAAAUGAUUCGUUUAGUUUCACCAAAGUAUCUAGGUGGUAAAACGCCAGCCAUGGUGCGCCAAAAAGUAUUACAGUUGUUACAUACAUGGACAAGGGAGUAUCCAAAAGAAUUAAAAAUUAAAGAAGCCUAUGAAAUGUUAAAAAAACAGGGUGUUAUAGAAGAUGAUUCCGUGUCUUUAAAUAAUGCUCAAGAGGAAGGAUUGAAAGCAUUAAAAACUAAGAGUACGAUAUUUGAUGAUGAAGAGAAAUCUAAAUUGCUGCAGAAAUUGUUGCAAAGUAAAAAUCCUGAUGAUUUACAAGCUGCAAAUAGAUUAAUUAAAACUAUGGUGAGAGAGGAUGAAAGAAGAGUACAAUUAAAUUCACGUAGGAUAAUGGAGCUAGAAUCUGUUCAUAACAAUGCAAAAUUAUUAUCAGAAAUGUUAGAUUCGUAUAACUGUAAUGAAACUAGUACGGAAGAUCUUGAAUUAAUGAAAGAAUUAUAUCAGGCUUGCGAACGAUUAAAACCAAUUGUGCUCAGAUUAGCAAAUGAAACCCAAGAUAACGAAGGAAUGCUUAGUGAUGUACUUGCUGCAAGUGAUGAAUUGGAACAAGUAUUUGAGAAGUACACUGCUAUUAUAGUUCAUGGUAAAUGUGUGAAGCCUAAAAUAGACUCCGAUAUCAGUCCGUAUUUAUUAGAUUUAUCUUCUCCAAUGGAGAAUGUUCCUCUUGAAAGUGAUGGUGUAAACGCAAUGACCACAAAUCAUCAGUCAGAUAUGGAAGUUUUAGGAGAUAUCUUCAGUUCACUAGGGAAGUCUGAAGAUUCAGAAAUCUCUUCGGUUUCUGACGCAAAUCUCUUAAUGAUCGAAUCAGUCAUGCAGCCAAUUAAUGUUUUACCUAAAAAUAAAAAAGAUGAAUUAAUCAACACAUCUGAAAAGAAAAUUGACAGUAAAGCAAAAGCACUGGAGGAAUUGAACGAAUUGGGAGAGUCUUUGCUUAAACAAAGCUUAUCAGGCAUAGUAUCGAAUUCACGUGUAAAGUUAGGAAGCGGCAGUUCUUCACAUUUUCCUAAUUUGUCGGAUACUACAAGUGUAAAAAACGACAAACUGUCUGAUAUUCAUCUUAAGUCAAGCGAUAACAUUCCAUCUCACGAUGAUACAAAUCCUCAAACCAUCGAAUCUAAUGCAAAUGAGAAGAUAGAAACGAACCGAUGUAACAAUCGAUCAAGUGUAUGGGAUGCUGCUUCAAUAAUACCGUCGACGGAAAACUCAGUUAGUCCCGAACCGGAGAUUAAACCAUUGACAGACAUUAACAUUAGCCUUCAAGAUAUUAAACCAGGUAUUAAUCCGCCUAUGACAGUAAUCGAAGAGAAGAAUGGUAUAUCUGUUGUGCUUCAUUUUGCUCGGGACAAUCCAAGGCAAGAUGUGUUUGUCGUAGUGAUUACGACAAUGAGUAAGAAUUUGAAGCCACUUACCAAUUACUUGUUUCAAGCAGUGGUGCCAAAAAAAUGUAAAUGUAGACUACAGCCACCUUCUGGAACAGGAUUGCCUGGACAUAAUCCAUUCUUGCCUCCAUCAGCAAUUACUCAAAUUAUGCUAAUUGCAAAUCCUACCAAGGAAACGGUAUCAUUAAAGUUUAUGUUAAGUUAUACAAUGGACAAUGAAACUUUCACAGAAAUGGGUGAAGUAGAAAAGUUGCCUUUCAUUUAAAGUACUUAAAGUAUAAUUACUAAGAGUAAACUCACAAAAAUGCAGGUUCCAAUAGCUAAAAGGAGAAUAAUAUAUAUAUAUAUUAUAUAUAUUAACACAUAUUAUAUAUAUAAUAUGUACACACACAUACACACACGCGCGCACACACACAAACAAACAAACAAACAAAAUUUUCCAAAAUUGGAAUCAUGAGAAAGUAAUUUUCUCUUAUGCUUUAUUUCUUGAAUUAUAAUUACAAUUUUAUCUUCA